AGCUGGGUGGCUGGGUGUGAAGUAGAUAAGCAUCGGUCCUGCACGGUGACUCGCAGUCAGAGCUCAGACUAGCCUGCACAGAGAGAUCGGGGAGCGCCACUGUCCACACAAUGAAGGGCUGCUUCUGCUUGCUUGGGAUUCUUGUCCUGUCUGUCAGGCUGGCAGAUGUUUCUGGCGAUGAGAUCAUUGGGGGUAAGGAGGCCAUAUCUCACAGCCGCCCCUACAUGGUCUACUUGGCAAUAAGCAGAGGGAGACGUCGCUGCGGCUGUGGUGGCUUCCUAAUUCGGGAAGACUUUGUCUUGACUGCAGCGCACUGCAAUGGAAAAGAGAUUAGAGCUGUUCUGGGAGCACAUGCAAUAUUGGAGGAAGAAAAUUCUCAGCAGUUUAGGCAUGUGAAGAAGAUCCUCCCUCACCCGCGAUACUGCCAGACAAAUCACGACAUCAUGUUACUGAAGCUGGCAAGCAACGCCACCCUGAAUGAGAACGUGAAAGUGGUGCCGUUGCCGCGGAAACUGGAGGUCGUUCUCCCUGGUACGGAGUGCUCUGUGGCGGGAUGGGGGGCGAUGAAUGUAACAGGGACCGACUCUGCCAAAAAACUCAUGGAGGUCGCUGUGACUGUGAGCAGCUGGCAACAGUGCAGAAGGAGGUGGGAGGAAAAAUUCACAGAGUACAUGAUAUGUGGAGGCACGGCAAACGACGGAGCUUGUAAGGGAGAUUCCGGGGGACCCCUGGUGUGCAGAGGCGUGGCUCAUGGAAUCGUGUCCUUCGGGAGUAAGCCAUGCAGCAAGAGGCCAGACGUGUACACAAAGAUCUCCAUGUACAUGGACUGGAUCCAAGAAACCCUGGCCAACAACUCUACAGAGAUCACUGCUAUUCUUGGUGCUCAUAACAUCAUGUCUUCAGAGAACUCUCAGCAGGUCAUUAAGGUGGUGAAGGCCAUUCCUUUUCCAGCCUAUUGUAAAAGAGGCCCUAAUGAUGACAUCAUGUUGUUGAAGCUGGAGAAAAAUGCCACUCUAAAUGAGAAGGUGGCGAUUCUGCCGCUGUCCCAGAAUGAGGAUAGCAUCAAGGUUGGCACCACCUGCUCCACAGCUGGCUGGGGCUUGAUGGAGUCAGAAGGGAUUCGUGGGGUUUCUAAACUACAAGAGGUCAACAUGACGGUGUUCAGACGGAUGUGCGCCGCGAAAUGGGGAGCAAUGUUCACCGAAUACAUGAUCUGUGCAAGCAGUCCCAUGGAAGGCGGAUGUAAUGGGGACUCUGGGGGUCCCUUGGUGUGCGAUGGCGUGGCUCAGGGUGUCCUGUCGUUUAGCAGCGAGCCGUGUGGAUACUUCCCCACGGUCUUCAUGAAGAUUUCCAUGUACGUUGACUGGAUCACCAGAGAGAUGGGCAGACACUGAGGCUUCCCUUGGCAUUGUGGGGACCAGUUUAUACUGCAGAACCAUUAGCGCAGCUUGGCAGCACCACACAUUUCAGAUAUUGUACAUGAUUUGGAAGCAAUGGGUUUCCCAGCCGUGUGCAUUACAUGCCCAUUAUCAUAACAUUGGAAUGUGAAAAUAUGAAAAUGUUCCCACUGUUGUGCCAAUGGCAACCUCAUAGUGUUGUAGCCCCUCAGCACAGGACCAUUGCAUUGCCAUCGCACUACCAUUACUGCAUUACCAUUGGUGAUAAUGUAUCAUGGGUGUAUUUUAGCUCUGUGGUGCAUUGGGUCUCAUCUUAAACCAGAAUCUGGAUCAUUUACCAUUUAGCAUCAUAUACAGAGUUGCACUUCAUGCUUGGCUGAUUCACACAUUGGAAAUGUGAUCAAAACGUGUUAGAAAAUCCUAUAAAAAGACACACGCUUCCUGUAGAUCAUCAUUACCGCUUCAGCAUUGCUCCUAAUUAGAUUUGCUUGUAAGAAGCCCUGGGCCGCGGUGUGGGUGGCAGUCCCUCUGCAUUUGAGCGCUGCUUCUUUGUGAAUACAGAAUUUCACUAUUGAAUUUCUCAUCCCCUUUUUGCAGAGUGUGAUACAGCUUUUGCUCGUGCUAUGUUGCGCUUUUUCUUUUAUCCAUCACUAAUGUUGUUCAGUGUUCAAAGCUUUGUGACACAUCCUGAGAUGCCCAAUAAUAAACAAUUGCCU